GAAUUGGUUUGUAAAUGGUGCAGUUAACUCGAGCAGGGAGGAAAGCACAAACUUGGAGUCCACCCUUUCUGCGGCCUGGGAGCCCCACAAAGGUUGUUUGUUUACGAAUGUAUAGGCCACUGCGGAAAUUGUUGGUGCGCAAAUUGUUGGUACACUUGCUGCUCCCCAUCUCUGGGCACCUCCAAGCACCUCAGUCUUGCGUCCAUGCCAGUUCGUGCAGCACUCUCGUUCUUGGCAUUCAGAUUGUGAUCAGAAAGUGCAGUAGGAGUAGCUCGAGCAUUUUGUGAGCUUUUUCGCGGCACCGAGAAAAGGGAAGGGAAGGGAAGGGAAGGGAAGGAAAGGAGGAGGGAAAGAUUGAAGGUGUCGCCCGUAGACUGUGGAAGAGGAAGAGGAAGAGGAAGUGGACAGGAGGCAGAGCGAAAAAUCGCUAGACUGAGAAUAGUUUUUUUUGUUGUGUCGAAACGCGGUGACUGGCUGGUUGCUUGUUUGGUUUAGCGUUCGGAAUUCGGGGAGAGAGAAGAGAGUUCAGUCCGACGACGAGGAACAGGAGCAAGAGUGGGAUUGAGGAAAAAAAUUUCUGGUGCUGGGGAUUGCACCUUAUGUUGUCAGAUGUCAUCGUCGAAGAAGGUGAUAACGAAGGAAGAAUGGGAAAAGAAGCUCGCCGAUGUGAAGAUCAGGAAAGAAGACAUGAACAAAUUGGUCAUGAACUUCCUGGUCACUGAAGGAUAUGUGGAAGCAGCGGAAAAGUUCCAGAUGGAGUCUGGAACUCAACCAGACAUAGACCUCGGCACAAUAACAGACAGGAUGGCAGUUAGGAAGGCUGUGCAGUGCGGCAACGUGGAAGAUGCCAUUGAGAAAGUGAAUGAUCUCAAUCCAGAGAUUUUGGACACGAAUCCACAGUUGUUUUUCCACUUGCAGCAGCAACGUUUGAUUGAACUCAUCCGCAGUGGUAGUGUAGAAGAGGCACUUCAGUUUGCUCAAGAAGAGCUAGCACCGCGCGGUGAAGAGAAUCAUGCCUUUCUGGAGGAGUUGGAACGCACUGUGGCUUUGUUGGCAUUUGAAGAUACGGCUAGUUGUCCUGUUGGAGAGUUGCUGGAUGUAUCACAGAGACAAAAGACAGCUAGCGAGUUGAAUGCUGCAAUUCUGACAAGCCAGAGCCAUGAGAAAGAUCCUAAGCUACCAAGCCUGCUUAAAAUGCUGAUCUGGGCACAGAAUCAGCUUGACGAGAAGGCGUCGUAUCCACGGAUUAAUGAUCUUGUCAAUGCGACUCUGGAGGAUCCUGUGACAUAAAUCUCAUACCAACAAAUACCAAAAGGAAAUAUAUUAUCUGACUGACACCGAUGAAGUCAAGCGUGAAGGAGGAGUUCGAUCGAAGAAUGAUACAUCAUAAUGAUACGUCACAAACCACGAGCUGCGGACAGGAUUCACGAGAGAAGCAGAGUUGACGAAUCGUGAAGCACGAUAAAUUCAUAAAGCGACGUUUGAUAAAGUCUGAGAACAAGGGUUCUUGACUGCCGCAAGAUCACGUGUAGUUGUCGACCGUUGUGGACAGAACUGUAAGUGAAAGGUUUACGAACAAGGGUUCUGGACUUCAGUUACUCUCACGUGCACAAGCUUUUGGACGAAUAACGUUUCCACAUAUCACAGACUACUCACAGUCUGUUGGAUGAGAAUGAAGAAUAAUCCUGUCUUUGAGGCACACUUCAUGGGUUCUUGCAGAAUGCCCAACGAUUGAGUCGAACGGUAGCAGUGAUCGUUUAUAUACCAACUUAACUGCAGACAGUGUUUUUCCAUUGAAAGAGAUUUCUACUGGCACUGGUUCAGGUCGUUUAACGAUCGAUGGAAUUAACCUUUUUUUUUCACGAGAGCUUUUCACGGUUCCCACUUCUGACUUCUGGUUCACUCGACAAAGCUCUAGCGAAAGAGCAAUUCCAGAAUAAAACCAUGCCAACAAUCUUCUUUUCUAUGCAGAACAUAUGUUGUAGGUCAUGUGAACGGUUUUUCAGGCGUUGGAAUUCUCCUUUGAGCUGAGACCUCUCUGACUCAAUCCAUCACAUCUAGACCUCGGUCCUGU